CAGAAGGAAGAAGUUUCGUCAUAUAAAAGGACCGCGAGAAUUUCGACAUAGGCAUAGUUCGCUUUUGUACUGCAAUCCAAGCAAAGUAUCAACCUCCAAAUCAACCAACAUGAAGUUCUUCAUCGUUGCCCUGGCCCUGGUUGCCCUGGUCGCUGCCCAGGAAGAGGAAGGAGACAAAUACACGACCCGGUACGAUAACAUCGAUCUGGAUGAGAUCUUGAAGUCGGAUCGGCUCUUCAAGAACUACUACGCUUGUCUGGUGGAGGAAGGCCGUUGCACAGCUGAGGGAAGUUACCUGAAGCGAAUCCUGCCGGAAGCCCUGGAGACGAACUGCGCCAAGUGCACACGCAAAGAAAUUCCGCAGCGUGACGAUGGAGUUCGCGCCAUCAAGUACAUGGCCGAGAACCGCGCCGAGGAGUGGAAGGUCCUGAAGGCCCGUUUCGACCCGGAGAACAAGUACGUCGAGAAGUACCUGGCCGACGCCGAGAAGGAGGGAAUCAAGCUGUAA